AUGACAAGUGCUGAAUAUUUUAAAAUUUCUCCUACAAAUCUCAAAAUUCUCAAAGAACAAGCAAUAGAUUGGGCACUAUCUCAUGGUCUAGUUAUUCGCACCAAUUCUAACUCAACCUCGACAACAGUUCAUGCCCCAAUUUCUUUGUUUCCAUCGCCGUUUCCUAAGAAAGAAUUCGAGUUUGUAUUAGAGUUGCAACCGAUUUUUAACUUGUUGUUUCAUAAACUGUCAAAUGAUCAUGAAUUUAUUGAAAAAGUUAUUGGAGAAUUAACAGACGUUGAUGAUUUCGUCGGGAAACUUUACGACAUAUAUAGCACCGUUAGGAAAGAAGGGAUUACACAACAAAUUUCUCUAGGCUUGCAUAGAUCAGAUUACAUUUUACAUCUGACUCCAAAUUCCACUGAAGUGCACAUUCAACAAGUUGAAUUUAAUACAAUUUCAUCUUCAUUUUCUAGUUUAUCAACGUUGACUAGUGAAUUGCAUAAAUAUCUCUUGGAAUCAACAAAAUAUUUUGAUGUAUCUCCAACACUUAAACUUGAUGCACUUCCGAAAAACGAAGCAAUGAUAAGUUUGCCGAAAGGCAUUGCAAAGGCUCAUCAGCUUUAUGGCUCUGAAAGCGCUGUAGUGUUGAUGAUUGUUCAACCUGUAGAACGAAAUGCUUUCGAUCAACGAUGGAUUGAGUAUACUUUGAUGAAUAACCAUAAGAUACAUCUUAUGCGUAAAACUCUCUUUGAAGUCCAACGUGAAGGAAAAUUAGACAAAGAUACUAAAGCACUAAUUAUAGAUAAUAAAGAAAUCUCAGUCGCAUAUUUUCGUUCCGGAUAUGGCCCCAACGACCAUCCGACCGAAAAGGAAUGGAAUGCAAGAUUAUUGAUUGAGCGUUCAAAGGCAAUCAAAUGUCCUACCGUGGCUUAUCAACUUGUUGGUGCAAAAAAGGUGCAGCAAGUAUUGGCUGUCCCUGGUGUUCUUGAGAGAUAUGUAACUAAUCCUUCAGAUGUAACUAAAUUACGAUCAUGCUUUGCGGGUUUGUAUCCAUUAGAUUCUAGUCUUGAAGGAGAAGCAGCUGCGAAACUUGCCUUGGAGCAUCCUGAGCGAUUUGUGAUGAAACCACAGCGUGAAGGCGGAGGAAACAAUAUAUAUACAAAAGAUAUUCCUCAAGCACUUACACGUAUGACACUAUUAGAACGAUCUUCAUAUAUUUUAAUGGAUUUAAUACAACCUCCAAUGAUGGGUAAUAUUGUUGUAAGAGAAGGUGAAGUUAUUCAAGGUGAAAUGAUUUCAGAGUUGGGUAUUUAUGGCAUCUUCAUAGGAGGUAAUAACGAAGAUGAGGACGUAGUGAUUAAUGAGCUAGGUGGACAUUUGUUGAGGACUAAGGGUAGAGAAACCAAUGAAGGGGGAGUUGCUACAGGGUAUUCUGUCAUUGAUUCACCUUUAUUAAUUUAA